AUGCUCUGUUUAUUUACAGAAUGUAUUCAGUUGGUUAAGAACCCUGGUCAGUAUUGGUACAUUGCCGGCGAAACCAACACCGGAUGCGCGCUGUUUCUUUUAGGUGGGCAUGAAACACGUCUGGAAAUCGAAUUUCUUGACUUUAACAUCGAUUGCGAAAGUGACGGCUUACUAUCUAUUAUUGACGGAUGGGAAAUGAACUAUGAAUUGUUCCCCAGCUUGGAGGACUUACCCAGGGACAUAAACAAAUACAGAUACUGCGGCCUGAAACGACCUAGGCGCAAAUUCGUUUCCUCUCAAAACGCCGCUCUGAUCAACUACUACACCCCCAAGAAAGGACAAGGUUUCAGUAUACGCGUAAAAUUCAUAAGUAAUCCAUUUCCUUGCAAUGUAAUAUCCAUCGAAAAUUCGGGCACUUACACGCUUCGAAACUACGGACUCAGGAUGAAUUGCAGCAUUUCAAUCAUUUAUCCCGAAGUGGUGAAUGUGCUGUCAGUGAACAUCGGCACGACGUCGACUGGGAAUUCUAUUGAUUUUCUCCAGAGGCCAUCGUGGUACCAUAGGUCGAACGAGAUUGGAAAAGUCAGAAAAACACCGUCGAUGAAAUUCUCCAGCCAGUGUAUGACACAAAAUGGAGGCAACUAUUUUGAGCUGAAGACGGGAGACGGACUUGAUCCCAAGUACAUGAUCCACCGAACCAAGACCAUGUGUGGCAAUUUUCAACGACAGUAUCGGCCAGGUGUACUGCUCGGUUGUGGGAACUCUGUCGUUCGCAUGAGGAAAUUAACUCUUUACACUACGGGUAUUGUUGAGAGCGCUCCUUGCGAAUGA